GUCAGUGUCAAUUUAGAUUUUCUUAUUGACUUAGCUUUUCUCUAGGCAGUGACGGAUAUUUUGUUCAAUAAAUCAGCCACAUUUUAAGUGAGAAAAAUUGGUCACGAAAAUGGCCGCAAACAAAGUAGCCGCAAAUGAAUUCGCAGAAUUCCUUCAAACAAUUGUUAAGUUAGAUGCAUUGACCCAAAUCACUCAGGAUUUGGAUAAGGAGCUGGCGGACUCGCAACGGGUGAUGAAGGAUAUUAAGAGCAUGUUUGACGCAAUACCGAAUGCUCCCAACAGGCCAGAAGCCAACAAUGGACUACGCCACGACGACAUAUCGAAGUUUUUAGAGUCCGGCCCACCGAAGCUGUUGCUGCCGGACAUGGCCGAGAACACCAUCGACGUCGAUCUUGACGAUGUGAUUGCUACAAUGAAGGUGUACGCUGAGGAUCUGAAGAGAAACAUGGCGCUUGCCCAACCACCGCCGACACUCAAUAAAAAUAUCGAGAGUGUUGAUUUGCAGCAGUACGCGACCAGCCUGGACCAGCUGAGCAAGCGGCUCGCGAACAUCAAGCUCGGUAAAGGCGACGAAAGUCACCACCGCAGCCCCGAGGUCGAAGCCAAACUGGCACAGCUGUGCCAGGAUGUCAACAUGUUUUCUCAGAUGGUGCAAGCAAAGACAACUCUCAGCGAAUGCAAUCAGAACUGGACUUCCACAGCUCAGGAGACGGAUGCUUUAUGCUACGACAACAUUAUAAACAAACUACUCUCAGGCAUUAAUGAAGUCACAUAUUUGCUUCGCAACAAAAAUUGAAUUCAUUUUAAGAUUUCUGAGGGGCUAGAGUACUAAGACAAUGUACGUCUUACUACUGGGUCUUCUUUAUAGAGGAAUGGCCAUAGUUCUUCACCAAUGAGUGUUGAAUUGUAUUUAUCCUUUGAAUGUCCAAGCAUUGUAAUAUGCUUGUAAUCUUAAGAGAUGAGGUGGUUGUCUCAUACAUGAUGACAUAUUGUGAUGUUUACACACCCAGAUGAUGUGAGGAAACCAAUAUUGAUUGUGAUUGGUGCCUAUCCAUGUAGCAACACUUCUUGACUUUUACUGUAGACUUGACUUAAUGUAUCACAAUUAUGUAAGCCUUUUAACCUUUAUAGGAAUUAAUUCAUUGUUAGUAUUUAUUGGUAUUCCACUCAUUUGUAUUUCGCACAAGUUUGGUAUAGGUGUUAAGAUGAAUACAGUUCUCACAGUUUUCUCUUUUUUGGUUUUAAAUUUAUUAGUAUAUAUAAUCUAUGAAUAAAUGUUGCUGCAAAAGUAAAUUUCAAUAAAAAAUCUUGAUUUCUUUUCACACAAUAUGUGUUCAUAGUUACUGUUAACUUGUGUUUAGGUUUUAUACUUUCAAUUGUAUUUAAUCUCAACUAAGAUUUUGAACAUUGUUAUAUCAACAUUGUCUGUUCUACUGUGACACAAAUAUAUUGAUUUUGUUAUUAGUAAUGAUCUCCUGAUGAGAUUGAUGAAGUAUGUUAAAAAAUAUGAAUCCAGGAUCUAUGUUACUAUAGGUUUUAUUGCUGGUUCUUGUUCUCAAAAUCAUGGUUAUUAUUUAAAUGACAUGUUUUCCAAAUAUAUAGUAUGUUGAGGUGAGGGUAUAAUAAACAAAGGUAAUAAAUUAUCUCUAAAACUUGAUAUGUAUAAACCUUUGAAAUAGCAAAUUUAUUAAUAUCUUCUCAAAAAGGAAGAAAAUGCAAUAAAUAAAAUCUUUAGUCAACUUAAAAAUAUUUAUGAUUAAUUUCCAAUAUGUAUAAAAAUAUUAACUUUAAAUAUAAUAUUGAACAAUGUUUUUGUCCUUGUAUAUAAAUAUAUGUAUACUUAUAUCACAGAUCAAUAAUAUAUUAUUUAGUCAUUUUUUGUAUCAGUAUUAUGUGUUAGCCAGUGUUAAACACAUAUUUUAUCAUACAUAUUACACUGUUCAAUAUGACUCAUAUAGUCAGUUUGUGGAAGAUUUGUCUCUGUAGUCAUAAGUCAAUAGUCAUAAAAAUAUCUCAUGUUUAUUUAAAUUGUAGAAGUCAAAAAUAUAAUUAAAAUUCAUGUCACA